AUCUAUCAAUUUUGUAACUUAAAAAUGCUUGGUAAUAUACGACAUCGUGAUAAGAAUAUUAAGAGCUGUACAGAUUAUAAUGGCGCUAUUGAAAACGAGCCAGAAGAGGGUGAAAUUGUAGAUAAUUAUGAAUUGAUAUCGUCCGAUGAAGAGUUUGUAAUGAGGCAGCGCAUCGAGGAGUUGGAAGCCAAGAAUAAAGAAAUUGAAAAAAUUGCUGUAAUAUCCAGAAGUUACCCAAGUGAAUACCAUUAUGCGAAAACACAGUCUUGCAGUUACAAUUAUUUAAAUAAGGAUUAUUGGCGUAAAAGCAAACACGACGUCGCGCCACGUGUACCUAAAGAUGUGUCCUCAAUUUCGUCUAUUGAAUAUGAAGUCUGCCGCAGACCUAGUAAGCGUCGCAGAAGUAGGGAUGGUAAAAGGAAGCCCAAUCACCAUAAUCGUUGUAGGAAUCAUAGCAAACGCCGGAAACGUCGUUGUCGUCAUACAUAUAGUAAUGAAAGUGGCCGACAUAAGCAUCGUCGAGAUUUUAAUUAUUCAAUGGAGGCUAUAGAUUUGCAUACAGAGAGUUCCAAUUCUUUACAUUCGGUCACAUAUGUAAAUGAGGGAACCAUUGAUGGCCCAAAUCAAAUUGAUAGGGACAGUUUGCGUUUUGCUGUAGCCAGAUCUAUACACAAUUCUCAAUUAAAAGAAGACACAAUGGGUAGUUUAAGUAAACGACUUCUAGAACAGCCCAAAAAGGAAAAUUCAGACAAUGAAGACAUAAUUAUCGUAGAAAAUGAUGAUGAUCCUCAGAUUCAGAUUAUUGAAGAGGAUUCAUCUGAUUCUCUGGAAGAAAAGGAACUUCGUUUAAUUGCUUUAAAAUCGGCUGUUUUAAAGAAACAUAUGGAACGUAAAAAACGCAAUGCCGAAUUGGCCUACUCACCCACCGAUUUCGAUGAUAUGCUUAAAUUUGGUGUCUUAGAGAAUGAUAUUAAAAGUGAUAUUGAAGUAGACUUGGAAGGCGAAGACUCUCAGACACCAGAGCUAAUAUCCAGUCCUUUGGCGUCGCCCAAACUGCUACUGAGCCCACAAUACAUGGAUGACGGAGAAGAUAGUCAGCAACAAAUGGUAGAUACCAAACCAGUUGACAUGGAUAUUGCCAGUAGCGAUAGUGAGCAGGGGGAAGUGUUUAAUCAAUUUCGUCCCGUAGUACAACAUCAACCGCAACCCACAAUGCCACUCUCAUCAAGCGAGUUACCAUUCGGAAUGCAACACCAAGAUUAUGCAUUUAGUUUAUAUGUAUCUGGUUUGAAAGUAGAGCCGCUACCGCCGGGAGUGGAAUAUUAUGAGGAAAUUGUCCCUCCGCCACCACCGUUUCAUCAAGAAAAUCUUAGCGUUCAAGAGAUGGAAGUAGAAAAUCAAGAAAAUCUUGAAGACGAUAGCAGCACAAAGAUUAAUAAAAAUCCUGCAGUAAUUGGACAGAAGAAUGUGGAAGCAAAAGAAUUAUCAUCUUGUGAAGAAGAAGAAGAGUUAGCUUUAAGAGCCCUGUUAUUGGCUAAAUUUCAAUCUCCACGCAAUAAAAAGCGCAAAUUGGAUGUGGAAUCUAAAGAUGCGGCGAAUUUAAACUCUAAAAAUGAAACUAAUGAGAUUCUAAAAACAAAUAUUUCUAGUGAAUGGAUACUCAAAGAAGCGGUAAGACGUUUUAAGUUGAAUAAACAUUUAAGCAAAGACACGGGCGAUAGUAGGAAUUCGCCAAUUAACGAAAAUUCGAUAAUAGUGCAACACAGUCCGGAACUUGUACAAAUGCAAUACAAAGAAGCAGAAGAAGAGGAGAAAGAAGUGGUUGCUGCAAGUUCCAGUGAUGAAGUAGCUGAUUUCAAAUUAACAGAAAUUGAAACUCCUCUGAAAUGGGCAUUGCCAAAGCAUUCAAGAGAAAUGCAGAGUUUUUCGAAAUCUGAGGAUAACGAAGAUCGGAAAGAAACGCUUUCGUUUAAUAGGUCCAAGGCUAGCGUUGCCCAAGCUACAGUUGGGCAGGCAUCUUCAUUUACAAAUGUGCAAACAAUCCACCCGCCUAUAGAUGAAGCUAUGGAUUUGGUUAGAAAUAAAUAUUCCACAGGAAAUGUUAGUAAACCAUACAGUGAGGAGUGUACAAGAAGUGAAGAAACUGAGAGAACGGACGUUUUUCCCAAAUUGCCGCAAAACGCUGACGACCCUUCGCUAAAUCAAUUGAAUGAGAAAAUUUUGGAAACGAAUAACACUAAUGUAGAUCUGAUUCUAACCAAAAGUUUAGAGAUACAUCUUGUGAAGGAAAAUAAAGAAACUUUGGAGGAAAAAAUUUGUGCUAGAAUUAAGAGUGAAGAGUUUUUGAAUUCCACCGGUAUUCAAGAGAAAAACUUUCAUCAAAUAACUGAAACGUAUUUGCAAGUAAACAGGCCAUGUUUGAAGGAAAAAAGUUCCACUACAAGUGGAACCCACGUGCCUUCGUCGGAAGAAUAUCCAACAGAAAGCACGGAAAGCUUGGGGAAAUCAGCGGUAGUGGAUAUCCCCUUGAAUCCUUCUUUCAGCAAAAGUGAAGGGAAUACGGAUGAAUUUACGUGUUCGGUUAUGAAUACCAAUGAUACUUCCAAUAGAGAACCAAAGAAUAAAAUUUUUAAACAAAAGCAUUUUCAAGAGGAAGAUGCCAGCAUCGUAAAAAAAGGAAACUUAUACUCUGCAAUAGGAACAAGCGCUUUUACUAAUGUUUCAAGUAAAGCAUAUCAAGAAACGAAAGCCGUAAGCAAGGAACUCAAAUUUAACCAAGCAUCUGCAAAAGUAAUACACAAAAACUUAACAAAAAAAUAUCAAAAUAAAUUAAAAGUUGUAAAUAAAAUAACGUCUCCGGCGACGGAUUUAAGAAAACAACAGAGCAAUAUUUUACCUACGUAUUCUGUUUUGAAAACUACAAAAAUUGUUAAGCCCAAUAAAGUAAUUAAUAAAAAUGUUGAUAUGAAACCUAUAAAAAAUAAUACAAAUCUAAUGGAGAUUAAAAGUGAAAUUUGCACUUCGCCCCCCGCCUUCCAAGCAAUACAGACGCGUUUAAUUACUUCCAAAGAGCAAGUUAAAAGCAUGUGCCAGGUACCAAAACUAGUGAUAAACUUGCAACGAUCUUCCUCGUCGACGGACACAAGUGCUAGCGAAGCUGAAAACGAUAUCGGUGACGAUUAUGAUUACCUAUGCAGACCUGCUGAAGAUUAUAAUGACAAUGCAAGUCCGAUCAGUUUAAUAAUGGAAAGUCCUCGCAGUCGUACACCCAACAGGUCGAGUUCUCCCACUGGAAAAUGCCCCGAAAAGAAUCAGCAACAAUUUGAAGAGAAAUUGGAUAGUUUUCUGAAAUCGGUACGUUCCAAAGUUCAAGAACAAGUGGUAUCUUUGCAAGAAACACCACAAGCGAAGACAGUAAUGGGGAAUCAAGGAACGAAGGCCCAUAAUAAUACACCCGUGGCCGUCCGCCAUUUGCCCGCCGCUGCUCAAGAGGAAUAUCGACGUUUGGUACACAGAAUGAAGCUAUUGGAAGCACAGAGAAAAACUUUAAAUGCAGAUACGGAAACUAGCGAUUUAUUUACAUCGAAAGAUGAUGACUUAAAUAAUCUUCCCGAUUCAUCUGCUUCAACUGCAAAUUCAGCGUCUUUAGGUCAAAAUAAUUUAUGCAAACAGGUUCUGAUAAAGAAUGCCAAUAGCAAUACAAAAUCGUCCGCCAGUGAUACUGAAAAACCUUCCAGAUCUACGGUAUUAUCUUCCUAUGAAAAUACGUUCGCGAAAAUCGGGGUUGGCAUCAUAACAAAUUUGGACAAAUCUUUAAAUUUACUUCAAGAAGCUAAAAAUGCCAAAUUAUCAAAAUUACGUUUGGAAAAGCGUUUGAAAGCCUUAAAGGCCGAAAUUGAUUUAGUGCAAAGCCAACAUAGAGAAGAGCAACACAAAAUAUCUAAUAUAUAUCCAAAUAUUUGUAAAACAAACGAUGUGAUAAUGAAUUUAAAACAGAAACGCACGAAAAUUCUUAAAUUGGCUGUGAAUUUAGGAAAAACAUUAAAAGGACAAGAUUACAGAUUAAAUAAUGAUUUAAAACAAAAUAUAAUAGAAAAGAGCAAACAAUUGGCUGAGGAAAUCAAAUUGGUUAAUUCACUCAAAUUACAAAACAUUGAAAAGUUCAUAGAGCCUACGGAACGUACAAAGAACAAGGAGGAUAAUAAAGAAGAACCUUCAACGGCAACUAAUAACGAUGAAGAGCAAAGUCUACAAGUUUCAACUACAACAUUCCAAAAAGGCGAUAAUAGAGAAUUGCAGGAUGAAAGUUUACCCGAAAAGAACGAUAACUUACAAGAAGAAGUUGAGAUAUUUAAUCAUCAGGAGAAAAAAUCGUUGGCGGCAAAUUAUUACGUGUCACCCUUAAAUAAUUUAAAUAGUGGGAACAGCGAUUUGGAUCCUCAAGGCGUGCUGUGUCCUUACGAUUUGAUGGGUCAUUGCGAAGAUAAAAAUUGUUCGUAUGUGCAUUUGACAGAAAACUUUCGGAAAGAGUGAACUUUACCUUUAAAUUUUGUGGGUCUUUGAAAUCCGUUUCAUUUCGAGAAUCUGGAAAGAUUGUCAGAUAAUCCAUUAUGACGGUCGGCCACUAUUGGGUAAGUUAAUAAACCACCAUUGUACUUUAUUAACCGAACCAAUACAAAAGAGAAACCACAUACAUAGCCCUAAAGAUAUAAAAAAAAAAUAUAUAUAUAUAAAUAAUGACAAAAAAAAAAAAGAAGAAUAAAACCUAAUAUUAUUAUAAACUGCCUGUGAACCUGUGUGUUUUUCCAUCGUAUCUUUAACCCAGAAAUUGUGUAUAUAAAAUCAGUGUCUUUUGUAGUAGCCAUCUACUCCGUUGAUAUUAUUUUGAAUGGCAAACAUUAUUUAAUUUUUUCUUUGUUUAUAACUUGUUCUUUUUUUUUUAGUUUUAUUUUCAAAGGUUUGCUGUUUCCAUAUUUCCAUGUGAAUAUAAUUAUAUUUUAUUUAAAUCUGAAUGUGUAUGUGCAGUUUUUUUUUUCUUUUUUUUUUUUGUAAUAC